UUCACCCUCCAGUCGCCACCACCCCUUUCUUCGGUUGCAAGCUCUGCAAGCCCAACGGCGAGGAAAAAAACUCCCUGUGUGCAUGCACACACAGUGGCGGCGCCCGCGUCGUCGUUGAUUCGCCUCGCAACCUCGUUCCGGACGCUAAACCUCGUAUCCUGUAAAGCAGCCCGUGAAUUAAAAGAAAGAAAAAUUAAAUUGUUUAUAUAAAUGGAAAUAAAGUGAUUGAUCGUUCGAAAGGGUGUUAACGAGGGCUAAAUGGGUCAUCGGCCAGUGACAAUCUCGAGGACACGCGACGACGCUUGGCCUAGUUAUAAGCUCGUCCUCCCUCUCUGCUCGUGCAUAUACACACGCGCGUUGGUCACAUAGGCGCGUGUUUUUGUCUGCGAGGAGGAAGAGGAAGUUAACAACAACAACAACAACAACAACAACAACAGUGACAACUGGGUGCUGGUGACUAGCUGCACCCCCCAAUCUUGUGCCUAAUUCCCAACAUAGUGUUGUCGUCAAGAAGAAAAGGGAGAAAUGUACAACAUGACGAGCAGUACUAACAAAACACCGGAAAUGAACUACACCUGCGAGAUAUGCGGCAGGGAAGGUUUCAACGACGAGGAGAUGCGCUCCCAUAUGGCCCUCUAUCACCUCAAGGGUGCCGCGAACUGCCCCUUUUGCGAUCUCGGGGAAAUAUCACCUGCCGAGAUGCUCCUCCACGUCAACAGUGCACAUUUGGAUUAUUUGACCCCGAGUACUCCUGACGAGAACGACGUGAUGGCCUUCAUCGACGAGGAGCACCAUCACCAGGAACACAGUAGCAGCAGCAGUGGCAGCACAAAGCUAGCGCAACGUUGCAACGGUGAGACAUCCUCGUCGUCUUCGUCGUUAGCCUCGACGUCCACACUCUGCGUUUCUUCGCCGUAUCUUCAGCAGAACGGAUGGUCGUCGUCGACGACACCGUCCUCGUCUUCGUCAUCUUCCAGAACGUCAGCCACGACUACGAGGAAAGAUGAGUUGUACACUGCUGCUGCAGCAGCAGCUUCUUCGUCGUCUUCCCUGUCUCUUUUUUCCUCGUCCUCGUCGUCAACUGGAGCCUCGAUAAACAACAACAAUAACAACAACAACAACAACAACAACAACAACAAUAACAACACCACUCUUGUCAACAGUGUCGCGGAAAACACGGCUGGCCACGGUUCUCCUCUCCGUUCGAGUCUGAAUCUGCAGCUACGCUCGCACGCGACUCCAAAGCUUCCCGUGAGAGAGUGCAUGAUGUGUCCUUACACUUCGGACAGUCUCAGCCAAUUGGAGGAGCACAUCAACCGACAGCACUUUGAUCUCACGUCGCCGUCACUUCCCCCUGAGUCUCCUCCCAAAACGAGGGACAGUACUUUCAACUGUCCGUUCUGCGUCACGUCUUUUCCGAACUCCUCGGAUUUGGAGCUCCACGUCAACAUCGAGCACAAAGACAUACUCAGUCCAGCAAAGGUAUCGUCCCCCUACUCGGAUGUAGCAACAAGUGGUGGUGAAACACCUUCAUGUCCAGUUUGUCUGAGCACGUUGUUUAAAAACAGCGACGAGCUGACGAGCCACAUCGAGGAGCACUUUGCGAAAAAGGCCUCACCCUCGCCAAUGACGCCCGACGCCUCGUCGGACCGUUUGCUCGCCCGGGACAUGGAGAGGCGCGAAAAGGAGGUGCAACGACUGAGGGAACAGCGCGAGUUCGCGAUGCUCCAGGCGCAGUACGGCAUGGACAAUCAGGGUAACUUUAAGGAACAGAGCGUGACGAACAUGCAGCGCGCGGUUUACGCGGGUGAGAUGACCGUCGCGGAUUACUACGAGAAGCAAAUCGAACUUAGGCAGGCCGAGAACAGCGGCAUCGACGAUGGCAGCUCGUGCACUCGAGUCAAAUUUACAGGGCUGGUCCCAAGGGUGAGGGCAAUCAGCCAGGCGUGCAGCAAUGUCGUCAAUACUUGGAUGUGUUCCACGGUCGAUCACUACGCAGUGAGUUAUGGUGACAAGGGCUGGGGCUGUGGUUAUAGGAACGCGCAAAUGAUGAUAUCCGCGCUGCUGCAGCACACGGGUUAUAACGAACUCGUCUAUAGGGCCUGGAGCUGUGGUGUUAGCAACAGUAGAUCCUGCGAAAAUCCACAGCGCAGUUCUGUACCCUCGAUCUCGAGACUGCAGAAGAUGAUUGAAUGGGCUUGGGCUCAGGGAUUCGAUUUACAGGGGGCUGAACAGCUGGGCGCUCAGCUGGUUAAUACGAGAAAAUGGAUUGGGACUACUGAAGUUGUAACGCUGCUUUCCAGUUUGAGGAUCAGAUGCCAACUAGUAGAUUUUCACAGGCCUACAGAUCCAGAUGGCGGGCACCCAGAAAUGUUUAAAUGGGUGCUACGUUACUUUCAGCGCAGCGAAGAUUUUAAACCACCUCUUUACCUUCAACAUCAAGGACACAGUAGAACUAUCAUGGGAGUUGAGCAACUGAGGGAUGGUUCAAUAAUAAUGCUUGUACUCGAUCCAAGUCACAAUUCAAGUCAAAUGGCUCAAUUUUUUAAUACCAGCAGUGGUGCAAGCGCAAUGAGGCUAGUGAGAAUAUCCCCUGCUGCAAUGAAAGCAAAGCAAUAUCAAAUUGUAGCUGUGAUAGGAAUCAUGGAUUCUGAAAUGCAAUACCAACAAAGUAAGGUGCUACACUCUUUAAGAAUCCCCCAUGAUAGGUGAGAUUUAAUGGUAUGGAGGGCCCGAUAUUCUAGGAGAAAACAAUACCUCGAUAUUAGUUCAAUAGUUCCCACAGCUCUUAAAAUCAUGUGAACGAUAAUUCAACUUCAAGGAAGAACGAAGCUUGUUACAAUGAAUCUAUGUUAUGCAAACAUUACCAAACGCCGAAUUGAAAAUUAAAUGCUGUUGAGACGUGGAAUCGUCGAAAAUUUAUCGAAUUUAUUUGUUAAGCGUAUUCGUGAUAUAAAUAUGAAUCUAAGAGGGACUAAAAAAAUUAGUUGAAGGGUAAAACAGUUAAAGGCUAAAGGAAUAUGAAUAGAAGCUUGAAAAUAUCACUUUCUAUUUAUAUUUCUAUACAAAGAUCCCUCGAAUUCUUUUGGCUAUUGAGUAGCUUCCGCUUCAAGCGAGCGUACUCCCAAAGCUGUCACUUCAUUUAAUAUAAAUUCUUAAGCUCAAAUUUUGUCGAACAAAUCAACAAAGAAACCAAUCGUGUCUGUUCUUUGACCAAAUCUUUCUGCAUCAGGAUUGGAAAUGUGAAAUCGUGAAUGUUUUGAUGUGAAGAUGCAAUCAAUUUUUAACUGUAUGACGCUCUUGUUGAAUACGUUUUAUCAUAGGUGACUCUAGUCUUAGUCAAUAUGUAGUCAAUUCGUUUAAUUGAUAGGAAACCUUUACAGGACAUAUUUGUACUUAUUUUUAUUUGAAUUUUUCGUAUUGGUUUUUAAAGGCAGUGCCUCAUAUUUCCAUACCUCAUGCAAACAGAUACUUGCACUCUUCAUUACACUUUAACAGUCACUGGAAAUAUAUAAAGUGCAACUACUUUCAUACUAAUUAUAAAAAAAAAAAGAAAUUAAUAAAUUUAAUUACUGAAAAAAUGUAAGGCUAAAGAGAGAGAGAGAGCCGUAGCAACUAAGUCCAAUGCAAGCUGUGAAAAUUUUCAGUCCAUUUACUUGUUACUUUGUUAAGUAUUUUAUGAAGAUGUUCAAGAAAAUGAAUUUUCAUGUAAUAAAUUCUUAUUGCAAUGACUAAUUAACAAUAUUCCUCUCUAUUUAUUAUGAUAGCAACUAUUCUUGUAAUUAAAUAAAUGACAAUGAAUAUUAAUGAAUGAAAUAAAAUUACCAAAAUAAAAAUUAUGUUACAUUAGCUUAAAAAAUUUAUCGUGCACAGAAGUGUGAACAUCGUUGUAGGAGAUUUUUGAACAAAAGAAUGUAUAUAAUUGUGUCAUUAUUUGACAAACCUUCGAGAUCGUCAUAUUAAAAAGCAUCGACAUUACUUGUGUCAAAGUAAAAUACAUACUAUAUGCUUUAUUAGAAACCCUAAAACAGUAUUAUAUUCUUUCAA